GGUCUUCAAGUGCAGGCACUGACAUGUCUGUGCACAGGGAGUACAUGUGUAGACAAUGUGACAACAUGUUCAGAUGUCAAUGAUCUUUGUUACACAGCAGUAAUAAUAAACCUGCAAGAUAACACCACUAGAAUCGAAAAAGGUUUCCAUUUCUUAUAUACGUUUAGCGUUUCUGUUUCAGUCUUGCUUUGGUCUCGUAUAAUCGUGGUUUCAACAAAUAUCAUUUGAUUUUAGGUUGUAAGCCAAGAGACGAGUGUGCUUUAGCAGACUACUGCCCUGUUCGCCAAGUUACUAACGUCUGUGCGAUAUUUGGUUGCUGCUCCAAUGACCGCUGUGUGGCCAAUUACACCCUGGUUGAAAACUUUCAAACUCCUACCUCAUCUGUCGUUCCUAUGACAACAAAAUCUGAAAUGGUCGCUACCAGUACCGUGUCAAGCUCGAUGUCAAGUGUGCGGAUUGCACCAAGUAGAAUUGGUACUACACACGUUUCGAGUUCAGUUGGAUUUGUCGAUACACGGCCCACUUCCCCCAAUGCAUCAGGACGCGUGUUCAGUUCGGGUGUAUUUGUCAUUGUAGCGAUUGGAUUGUUGUGCGGAAUGUUUUAACAUCCCCCGAGAGUGUCAGUGUGAAGAUUACUUCAUUUAACUGAACUUAAUUUUGCUUGUUAAAGUAGCGCUAUGCAGUUUAUAUAUCAAGAUGAACUGCAGUUUACAUAAAACAUAGUCAAGAGACAUGAGCGAUCUGUAUACCAGCAUAUAGGUAGUGACUCCAG